AUGAAGUUACUAGCCCCACUCAUACUAAUAAUUUUAAUAAGUGACAUACAUUUAAUCGCACGGGUGUUUUCUGACCAACGAGACGAAAAAAUUUCGGAAAAAGUUGCCGAUAGCCAACUGACCAACGAAAGAUGCACUCAGCUAGUUCAACGUCCAUCGAGCGUGGUUAAAAAGGAUUGGGCGAAAUCACAGAUGAGGAUUUGGGGACGAAAACGUUCGAAAAAUUUCCCUUUUUUGGUUAAUUUCGACCGAGUAUACACAAAUCCAAGCAACUAUGGGGCCAACAACGUCAACGGGCAGAGGUAUAACCAUUUCGGUCUCGCCAAAAUAGGUAGCAACGACAAUUUCGACUUUUACAUCACCGCUGAUGAUGACGUCAUUUUGAGUGCGGUUGCUAGGAUGAGAGAAGGAGCUAAGGACGCGCGUGUCAUGAUGUGA